CAGCAGUGGACGGUUUGUCCACUUUUCUUUCUAUGCAGUGCUAUAAAGUUUGUUUCCAUUGCCAUUCCUGGAACUUUACUUUCCUCGUAUUUUCUCCCUUGAAAUAUUUCUGUGCUGUCCACCAUCCACAGCUUAGAAGAAGCAACUUUAUGCCCAGACUAAAAACAAAAAUGAAUUGAUAUAGAUGUUAGAAAUAAGCUGCAUGCAAGUCUCAUGGUGGAUGAUUCUGGGCGUUUUCCUUUAAUGUAAAGCCAAAGGAGAUAAAGAGAAGUUCUCAGAGCUGCAAGCCAAUAAAGUCCCAGCCACUAGUCCUGUUGCAACUCCAUCACCAAGCAGGAACCAUGCACUUCUGGAAGCUGCAGGACCAAGCAAUGUGGCGAUCAACGCCAUCUCUGCCAACAUGGACUCCUUUGCACGUGGCAGAACAGCAGUUCUCAACCAACAGCCGAUUCAUAUGGAAGCUGCACAUUUUGGAGACUUAGGUCAUUCUUGCCUGAAUUAUAAAGCUGAAGAGACUAACUCCAGGCUCUCAAAGACUCUUGAACAAGUCCUGCAGGACAGCACUGCUCUCCCGUACAUCAUCCAGUUCAUGGAGAUGCAAGGAGUUGGACAUUUAGUUAAAUUCUGGUUGGAGGCAGAAAGUUUCCGCUCCACAAGCUGGUCUCGCAUCAGAGCCCACAGCCUGAACACAGUCAAACACAGCUCUUUAGCAGAACCUGCUUCCCCUGCAAACAGACGUUGUGAUGCUGAUGUGCCAGUAUCAUGUGACUCCGGUACUACUGACCUGCAGGCGAAGGACAAUCUGGUUUCUAGCGGUGCUAAAAUUAGUGUCCUGGACCCCACUAGCCUGGACUGUGUUGGGCGAAAUAAAACAUCUCCAAACCACUCAUUUAAUCUGGGUGGCAGUGAUCUGAAUCCAUUGCAUGUUGGGACAACAAGAACGGUAACCAUUCAUACAGAGGCCGCAAGUCAAGAAUCUCUAAAACCUGCAUCGAAAGGACAUCCACACCAAACAGGGCUGAAAGACCUAUCAGACAAACUGAUGAAAAGUAUAGAACGUGAUGCAGUUAAUAUAUUUACUAAAUACAUUUCACCAGAUGCUUCUAGACCAAUUCCAAUUAUAGAAACAAUGAGAAAUGACAUAGUAGCUAAGAUAUGUGGAGAGGAUGGACAAGCGGAUCCCAACUGUUUUGUCUCUGCACAAGCUGUAGUGUAUGUUAUAAUGGAAAAAGAGCACUUUACAGAAUUUUUACGGAGUCAUCAUUUUUGUAAAUACCAAAUUGAGGUGUUGACUAGUGGCAUUGUUUACCUGGCUGAUAUUCUUUUCAAUGAGUCAGCACUCUUCUAUUUCUCAGAGUAUAUGGAGAAAGAAGAAGCUGUAAAUAUCCUGCAGUUUUGGUUGGCUGCAGACAACUUCCAAGCUCAACUGGCUGCUAAAAGCGGGCAGUACGAUGGUCAAGAAGCACAGAAUGACGCCAUGAUCUUGUAUGAUAAGUACUUUUCUUUGCAAGCUACUCACCCUUUAGGAUUUGAUGAUUCUGUCCGAUUAGAAAUAGAGUCAAAUAUCUGCAGAGAAGGAGGACCACUCCCUGACUGUUUCACCACUCCAUUAAGGCAAGCCUGGACAACAAUGGAAAAAGUUUACUUACCUGGUUUCUUGUCUAGUAAUUUGUACUACAAAUACUUGAAUGAUCUCAUCCACUCAGUGCGAAAUGAUGAAUUUACAGGAGCCUAUACUCCCUUUCUUGGCCAAGGACCAAAUAGCCCUCAUGAACAUGAACCUAGCACAGGCAGUUCUGAUGCCAGUGUGGCACAGCACGGCGUCAGAAAGGCCACAGUAAAAAUCCUGAAAAACUUUGAUGAAGCAAUAAUAGUUGAUGCUGCAAGCCUAGAACCGGAAUCUUUAUAUCACAGGACCUUUGCAGGGAGAAUGACAUUUGGGAAGAUCAAUGAACUUGGCCAGUUUAUAAGAGAGUCUGAACCAGAGCCGGAUGUGAAAAAAUCAAAAGGUUCCAUGUUUUCACAGGCGAUGAAGAAAUGGGUACAGGGGAGCACGGAUGAGGCCCAGGAAGAGAUGGCGUGGAAGAUUGCCAAGAUGAUUGUCAAUGACGUCAUACAACAAGCACAAAGUGAGCCACUCAUUGCGAAGCCCACAAAGUGGACCAGAAUGUAAAGGAAACAUUUGUGUGUCUCAGCUAUGACUAAAAGGAAGAAGAGUUGAUUCUCGUAUCCUCCUGUUCAACCAGCUUCUCUUCACGUACAGCAGAGGCCUCCUCCUUUCUGUUAACACAGCCAUGAAACUACACCGUACUUUACACAGUCUGAUAUUACUCCGUUGUUUGUAUGAAGAAAACUAUGCAUUCCAGGAUCGCCAGCCUCAAGUUGCGCACAUGUUUCAACAACCUUAAUACCAGUCAGGAUACUACAUGAAGGGUUUUCUCAUGAAGUUGCUGCCUCGAGAUGCAAAUCAAAGGAUUACAAAGCGCUCUUUAAAUCUGGGUUCUGGGUGUAUGGUUUGAGAACAUUUGCAGUGACUAUUAUAAUAGAGCUUUGCUGUGUUCUAAAUGCCACUCCAUUGGUUUGUUGCAGUUUGUUUUGUCAGCCGUUAGAUGAUACCUUCAGGAUUUUUGUUCAAAAAAUCGGCAGAAUGGGGGAAAAAUCUAUGAUUUUUUUUUGUAAAAGUUUUGGAAAAUCACUCAUUUCUAGCUGAUAUCUGAUAAAUGGAGAUAUUUACUCAGAUGCUACCUAAUUGUAUUGAGAUUGAGUAUUAUCACAGAAACAAGCAAACAGGCUGUGUGUAGGUUUUUGGUACUAUGUACCAUUUCUAUGUUUUCGGAUGCAUAAGUAUUCAUGUACUUAAUCUAAAAUCAUACCUAUUUAAUUGUGUUUGAUUUAAAAUACAUAUAUUAUUGAGGAUGA